AUGGCGGCCGUUGUCGCUCGAUUGACGCCCCCGCCCCCGCCCCCGCCGGCGCGCGGCUUCGCGGGGUGCUCAGUUGGGCCGGGCUCUUCGGAAAUACGGGAAUUACUGUCAGAUUUCCCUGUUCAUUCAGUGCAGUUACAAAGUGGAACAGGAUCAGGUUCUGCACGUGCUGUUUUGGAAGAUCCAGAAAUGUUAGAAGAUUGGGAUCGAGAUCGUAUAUUUCUCCUUAGAGGACAGCGUGUUCCUGUUUCUCCCACACCAACAGAAAUGAUGCUUUGUGUUGCCAGAUUGCCUCUCACCUACAGCGAAACUCAAUUUACUUCUCUUGUUCGAACUUAUGGAGAAGUGAAACGAAGUUUUCUCAUGAUUAGUGAAAAAACAGGUGAAAGUAAAGGGUACGGUUUUGUUGAAUAUUCAACUAAAGAAGCUGCCCUGCAAGCAAAGAACAUGCUAGAUGGAAAACAGAUGGACAAUUGGAUUCUUUGUUGUGAUUGGCUGGAUUCCAGUCAUGUUACAUUUGAUUCCUUACAUUCCAAAUGUCUGUACGUGGAUAAGCUGCCAAAAGACUUUCGAGACAUGGGAGAAUUUCGGAAAGUGUUUUCUUCAGUUGUCAACCCCCCAUACUGCCAGAUUGCAUUGAAGAACGGAUGUCCACAGGACUGGGGUUUGGUAGAAUAUAGCACUAGUGAAGAUGCAGAAAUGGCGCAAGUUACUCUUAAUGGUUACAGCCUUCACGGACAACAGAUACGCAUUUGUUAUUAUAUUCCUGGAGUGCGUGCCAUAAACUUGUAUCUCAAGCUUCUAAAUGAAUCUUCCAACAAAGGAAAAGCAACAGGCCUACUUCCAGAUCCCCCAGCACCAGCUGUCUUCCAACAACUUCAAAAUUUGGCAAAGCAAAAUCCAGUUUUUGCUCAAAGUUUACAAAAUAUCAUCUGGACUCAGAUACAAAAUUUACAAAAUGGGGGCUCUGGAAGUACUGAAAAUGGAAAGACUUCAUCAGUGUCAUCUUCAUCUUCAGCUGCUGGUAAAGGCAAGACUACCAAUACUAGCAAUGCAAAUGGAAGUGCAAAUGGUACAAACAACAGUCAAGGACCCUCUGUGACUUCCCCUAAUGGAGCUGAUAAUGCUCAAGCCGCCUUGGUCAUUCUCUUGGCAGCUCAGAUGCAAGCACAGAUGGGAAGUAACCAUCCAUCAUUGCUUGGAAAUCCACAAAUAUUAGCCACAUUGCAAAAUCUCAUAAAGCAAGGGCCUCCCCCCAAUGGACCACCGCCUUCGGCCAAUUUAUUACCCAUAACUGCAUCUUCUCAAAUCAUUCCUCCAGCAUCUCCUCACUUCCAAUUUCCUCCUAGCCAUAAUGGUUUGCAAGAGGGUCGAAAAGUUGUGUUACCCACUGCUUCCAAGAAUGGAUAUCUAAAAGGCCAGACACAAAAGGUUCCUCUACUUCCAAAUCCUUCAGCUGCAAUUAGUCCACCCCCUGGAGAAGUAGCGCCUCAUCCUCCAUUUCCAAGUCCUGUUCUGGAGGAUGCGUCAAGUGCUGGAGUCUUAGGAAUGCCUCAUAUGCCUUCUCACGUAUCUGUGCAAGAACACUCUAGUUUCUGGAAUGGACUUCUCUGUCAGUUGCAGUCUCAACAAACUACACAGACAACUAUGAAUAUUGCCCAAAUUGAUGGUAAUCUCAUGGCAAAAAGCAAUUUUUUUGAACAUGGUUUAGCUGGACCUAAAAGUCCUCUACAUGGGGAGAAAUCUUCUCCAUACCCUCAACAAGUAACUCCCACAGCAGGCAAAAUUCCUCACCCUCACUCCUUGAAACAAAAUGGAACAAUGUUGGGGUUUCCUGAAGCAGUUUCAGGUGACUUACAGCAAACGAUAAAUACUAUAUUGAGUAAUGCCCAAAAUUUGAACCAGUUGCUUGGGUCUCUGACCAAUGCCAUACAAACAAACGGUAAUGGUUCAGGAUUGACAGCACCAAGGACAUUAUUGCCUGGAACACCAGGCUUUUCAUUUGUAGGUCAACCCAGUAACCUACUUCCUACAAUACAAGCUCCUCCUCCUCCCCCACCACCGGAGGGUACAUGGACUGGAAUAUCCGUUGCGCCUUCUCCCACAACACGCGCACAGGCAGUUGCCACCAUGGCAACAGCGCAGAAUGGAAGAACAAUUUUAACCAGCCCUGUACCUAGUUCCCGCCCUGUUCUCUCCUCUCCUGUGGCAGCUGGGCGCCCAAUUUUAGGUAGUCCAGUUCCAGUUCCUGUCCCCACACCACCCAAACCUAUUGGAUUUUUGGAAGUAAAGCCUGGUCAACUACGACAGCCUGCUUUCCAAAAUGGCUGGUCUUCCACACCUGGCCCUAAUCCCUUUCUUACGUCUCCACCAACAUUGCCACCUAGUAGUCCCCAGAUUGGAAGUUUCCCCAGUUCAGGCUUCAUGCCACUUUGGUCUCAUCCUGGCAGCCCUAUUUUAGUGGCUUCCCCCCCUUCUGGAAUGGUUACUCCCAUAGGCCAGAAGCGAAAGUACAAUAGAUUGUUGCCAUCUCCUGAACCUAGCCCUGAAGGAAAUUAUAUUGGUCAGCAUUCCCAAGGACUUGGUGGUCAUUAUGCGGACUCUUACUUCAAGAGAAAGAAGAAGAACUAAAUACUUUGAAAUGUGAUGCAUCAACACAUUUAGAAUGUAUAUCAUAUCUUUAUUUUUAAGAUACCAUGAGAUAGAUAUUAUAAAUAUGUGAAAGUUGCUGCACAAAUCCCCUACAGGUUAAUUGCAGUGUUCAUUGUCAGAUUCAGGAAAGUGUUUCUUGUAGUGUAGAUGUAUAUAUGUGCCUACCACUUUCAACCACGAACCCUUAUAUCACUGUCAUGUUCAUUCCGAAGUAUUAAUAUAAAUUCAUUGUCAGUUCCCAAAUAUAAUAUUUAAGAUGAAUAAUGAAUUAGAAGUGAAUAAGCGUUAUCUGCCAUUAUUAGGAUUGUGGAAAUUAUGACGUAUUUUAAUUAAAAUGAAUGCAGAGUGCUGGUGAUUAUAUAAUUGCAGUUUCAUUCUGUUAUGUAAUUUUCUCAUUGCUUCUUAUCCAUGUCUGGAUAAUUGGGAAUAUGCAAUAUAGACUUGAAUACACACAGGACAGCUGAAACAAGUGCCUUUAUUUGUGAUGCAGUAUAUUUUGUUAUUUAUUUUAGUGUAAGUAUUUACUGCAGGUUGAAAAAAGUGAGUACCAUUUAACAUUACAUAAUUGUAAUAAAAGUGAUAUUUUGUUAUAGAAAAAAAACGUAGUUUGUUCUAGUUUUAAUCCCUGAUUCUCAAAUGCUAGCUUUGGAAAACUGCGAUGUGAUAAGGAAGCUUUGGAUAUCAACAGGCAUUUAAUUAACCUUUAUUGUAAACUACUCUGGUAUGAAUGCUUCUUGCCUGACUGUCAUGUAGUUCUAGUAUUCUUCCACAAUCCCUGCAGUUGCUGAUACAAAAGUCUUUCAGUGACUUUGCAAUAUAUAUGAUGUCUCUUCUUGUUCUGUCUGCAGUGAGUAGCUUACUUCUUCCAGUAAUUCAACCAAAUGUCAUUCUCUUGAAUUGUAUACUUUUACAUAACACUUCCAGGUCUCUUUACAUACAUGUAAUUGUGGGUCCGGAUAAGUCAGUAUAUCUUUUAAUUUGCUUCUUGCACAAAAUAUUUUUUGUCUCAUAAUGAAAUCUCAGAAAUUCUGUAUUGUGUGUGAUGUGAAAGUAUUAUAAUAUGCAGUUGAUCAUAUAUUAGCAUUUAAGUUAUACUCUAGAACUUGAUGUUAAUUAUAAAAUAUAUUAAUUAAUUUAAAAUAUUUGUGUGGUAUGUGAGAGAAUUUCAAGUAUGCUUAGUGUGUCUUUGUAACUACUUAGAAAAUGUACUCUCAGUGACAUACAGAUGGUAGGAAGAAUUGUGGCAGACAUAAAUAUCAUGCUCGUGGAGAUUGUUGUUUUGCUGUAUAAAUUUAGAAUUCUGGCUUUAUUCCUUGUAAAAUACAUAUUUUUUCAGCAUCAGCACAGUAAAUUUGUGAUGAGAGAGUGUGAACUGUAUUGUGGCUUAACAAAAUCAUAUUUAAUCUCAAGAUCAAAUCCAAACUAAUAGUAUUUCUUUUUUUAAUAUGUGGUUCAUUUAUGGAAAUAAGCUCAAAUAUAAUAUCUCUGUAUAGAUAUCUUUAUUAUUGGUGAAAUACUUAUUAAUUGUAUAUGCCACCUUGAAUCUUAUUUGUAACUUUUCCACAGUCGGUAGCUACCUCCCCUGAAUUACGCUGCAACUCUAAUCCUGUGCUUAGUCCUUUCCACUGAGACAGUCUUCUGAGCCUUGGAUUUAUAUCUCAUAAAUAUUUAGAGCAUUAAUUGUGAAAUAUUAAACCAUUAUAUGGUUUAUAUUGUGUAUCAAGGAAGAACUUUAUAUAAUAAUGGUGCUUAAUCAUCUAUAUUAACCAAAUUUCACCAAUAUUGGGAAAUAUUUUUAUAUCCAGUCAUAGCUAAUUGGAUGUUGCUCUGUUGAAGUGUGCUUUAUAUCAUAUUGUAAAUGAGGUUCCAGGUAAAGGGUUUGUUCAAUUGUAGAUGGAAACCCAUGAGAUUAUCUUCACUCAAAUAUUUGCCUGGUUAGUCCCCACAUAUCACAUUUAAUCAAAUAGAAAUGGAGGACUAAGUAUUUAUUGUGGGAUCUGAUCAAUUUGCAUACUGAUAAAUUAUGGUAUAUAAUUUUGUAUAAAAUAGAUAUAAAAUAUAUCAUAGUAAAAUAUUGACGUGAGACAUUAUUUGGCUAAUUGUUACAAUUAGAAAUAUAUUUACUGGUUGUGGGCAAACUCCACUCUCCCUCUUUUCUGUUCAGGUGUUGUGGUGUAACUUAUGUGACAUUUUAUGUACAUUUCAACCAAUACCUUCUUAGUGUGUUUGAUGUAAUUUGUUAUAGUACUGUAUAUCCUAUAUGUAUCAUUAGUUGCCAUUUAUUAGGAAUUAGAGAACCUUUUGUUCCCAUAACUGUUUAGCAAGUAGCAUUUUCAUUAUGUUUUGGUUUUGAAAACUGCCUCCUAGUUUACAUUUACCAGUAUUCACAUAAUUAUGAAUGUUGUGCACUAUUGUAAUGUGUAAACAUUGUGAGUUAGUGAAUAUGCGCUAACCAAACCAAAGGAUUAUUUGUUUAAUAUCUGAUAUAAAAGAUAUUGUUUGGCUUUUAUUUUAUGAUUGUAAAAUAAUAUGCUGGUACUUAUUUAAAUGUUUGUGAAUUGUCUGUUCUUAUAAGUAUCUGUCAUUUCUUGUCACUACACUGAUUAAUUUCAAUAAAAAGCAAUACUUAAUUAACCUCUUUCUAAACUUUCAUUGUGGCACAUGAGUGCAUAACUUUCUUCAGUUUCCUUCAAUAUCUUCACAUGUAGAGUUUAUAUAUUCUUUCUUAUUCCAUUUCAUUUUGUAUAACAUUGUAUGAAAAAAAUCAAAUUAAAACUCUUUGUUUCAAAAUAAUUUAAAUCUUUAAAAAAUGACUUCCUCUCUUGUGUAAAUCCUGUGCAAAAAACACCAUACACUAGCUUUCCAUUGAACAAUAAACUUCAAGUAAUUGAAUCAAAACUUGUGUAAAUGGAGGUAUAGAUGUGAUAUCCUGUGUAUGUAAGUUGUAGAUUAAUGUGGGUGUGUGUGUGGGUGUGUUUUAGCGUGGCAUCUAUCAUUAUACUCCAUUAUGUAAUUAUCAAGUGAAUUCCAGUAGCAAUAUAGAAGUAUUGUUCCGCUAAUGAAAAUGAUCAUAUAGAAAUUGUUUCAAUGUAAUUAUAUUCUUUGAGAAAGAAGAUACUUGAUUUCAAUUUUAGUGGGCUUAAAUAAGUUAAAAUUGAGGAGUAUGUUCUAUUUUUCACCUUAGAAUCGUAUAAAAAGAUAUUAAACAUUAUUUUGAAGAGGAAAAAGUUUGUUAAAUAUCAAUGAUGAUAAAAAAAACACCUCUAAAAUUAAUUCUCUCCAUCUCUUUGCAUCUAGAAUCAUUUCACCUGUUCUGAAAAAGAUAUUUAAGGUCACCCUUAUGUAUAGAUUAUUAUUAUUAGGGUGGUCAUUGUUUGGGCAAGGUUGGGAUUUUUCUCUCUCCCACUUGUUCAAAUAUUGUGAAGGGAAAUUAGGGGUACUACAAAUUCUCAUAAAAAUUAAUUAAAAGUAACCUACACUAUUGAGUUCUCAGUGGAAUGAGGGCUUUUGGAACUUGAAUCUAUUAGCUAUACAUGAAGCAAGAUCCUCUUACUCUAUUGCCAAUGUAACUUUUUCCUUAGGAAAUUAUUAUUUCGGCAUGAAUAAUUCAAGAUUGCAAAGUUGAACCUUCUUAAUAUACAUUUACAAGAUUACCUAUAAUGUUCGUGUUUCUAUGAAAGAAAAUAAUUAUCUUGAAAGUACCCCAAAAUAUGUGAAGCAUUUGGUGUAAAAGUAAAUAAAUCUGAGCAUUUGUACAUCCAUUUUUUCUUCUCCUUUUCUUUCUAGUUUUAAUGAGCAUGCAAGAUAGAAAAAUUCCAAAAUAUUCCAAGCUGCUAAGAUAGUGUUCACCAUAAUACUAUAUUGUGUGCGAGUAUAUAUAAAUAAAAUAGUGUGUUUGUUGUUAGAUCUGAAUCCGUUAAUCUAUUAGAUGAAAGGCAAAACUUGCCACAAGUUAAGAGAAUACAUAUAUUUAUUGUGAAAUAAUGAACGUAUUAUGUGAAGUAUUUUUUAUAUGAAGUAGUGUAGGAAAUUGUUUAUUUUAGUAAUUUUUAAGUGUUUACUGAGCUCCUUAUGAACAUAUUUAUCCAUAUACUGCAUAAGGUCUUAUGUGUGUUUAUAUUUAUUUCGUGGACAAGUGCGCAAUAAUUUCAUAUUCUAAUCAAAUUCAUGUCUUCUUACAUUCCUUCAAGUCUAUUUUAAUGUACUUUUUGACAAUAGCUUUAAUGUUUCCUCAGACACUCUUCUUAUGCAUUUAAUACUAGUUUCAUUGUGGUCUCUUUAUUUUAUUUUAUGUUAUGUUAAACUGUGAAUUGUAAUAUUCCAGUUCAAUUCUUUUCUAUUACUUUAACUCAACGUAGAAAAUUGGCAGAUUUUAUUUUUUGUUAACUUUAAUUUAUUUUAUCGUCUUGUUAAUUCUUUUGUGUGUAAAUAAUUAAUGGUGCAAAGAUCUUUGCAGAAAGCAAUAUAGCUGGUACUCAGCACAUA